CGGCACCACAUGGGGGAUACAGGGAGAGAGCAAGAGGGGCGCAAAUAUAGUGAGAGAAAAAAAGGCAACCAAAAUCGAAGGGAGCGCCAGACAAGGAGAGAGCUGCAGUGUGUAUUAAUGACUCAGGCAGUAAUAAUUUGAGCUUCCUCUUUCCAUGCUCAUGUACUUCCUGUGACAGCCCUGAACCUCUGGCUCUAUGGGAAUUGGCCGCUGCCAAAGAGAAAACCGCAUAUGAGCACGACACUAAUAUUGACUUGCAACUCAUCCGCGGUUUACGACUGUCGGCAGAACGAGCUGUAUAGCGUCUAGUUUCUAUGAUAACAAGCGGGAGGGUAGGCGCGGAGAUAGCAGUGGGCGGGGCCAUAGAACUCAGACUGGAGACACAGCAUGGAGAGAGCAGGAAGGGGCCGAAACCCAAGGAGUAAACCCACACAAAAUGUGCGUUUAAUACCGUACCGUGUGGGGUAUACAUGGAACCGAGGUGGGAGGCUGAAGGAGUUGCGCAUCAGACAUCUGGCCAGAAAGUUCCUACAUUUAUGGGUGAGGAAAACAUUUGGAAGAGUUCUCCUGUCCACUGCAAGACUCCAUUAUUCUCACCGAUUACUGCAUUCAUGCUUUGUUCAAUGGAAAGAGGAGUGGUGGGUGUUACGUAAGGAGUGGAGACUCAAUGUGCGAGCAGAAUGCCAUCACAGGUACACACUAUACAGGCUAUAUUUCCAGGCCUGGAGAAGGUAUGUGCAUACAGAGCACAAGAACAAGCAGAAGAAACAAGUUGCUGAGCAUUAUGCUCAGAAACAUAUGUUGACUCAGACAUGGCACCGCUGGGUUAUAUAUGUGAAACUUCGGAGGACCAAACAGCAAAUGCUGUCCGAGGCCUUGGAGUUCAGGGUCCAUGGAUACCUCAGGAAUUCAUGGUAUGUCUGGAUGGUUCGAUUGCAGCAAAGAGAAGCAGCACGUGAGAUGGAAGCAUUUGCUUUGAAGCACUGGGCUUUGAAUCUGCAGAGCAGGGCUUUGCUUCAAUGGAGAGCAUUAUACCAGUACAUGCAGGAGGAGAAUGAAAAAGAACAGAAGGCAGUAAUGCAUUACAGGAGAUGCAAACUCCAGUUGAUGCUCAAAGCGUGGCUGCUUUACUUACAGUAUCGAAGAGGAAAGAGGGAGCAGCACAAGAUUGCAUUGGAUCUGUAUCAUAAACACCUCUCUCAGGAAUAUUUAUCUGCGUGGUGUGGUGCCUUGGAGAGACUAAGAAGCAUUCGUACUGUAGAAGAACACAGUGAUGCCCUGGCAUUGCGCUGUGUCCUCAGAAGAGCUUUCAUUCACUGGAAACAUUAUAUACUAAUGAAUUCUGAGAAAGCCCAGCUGCAAAGCAUUGCCCAGGAACAACGUAGACACAGUUUGCUGAAUCUUGGGUUCCGUGCCCUAAAGGACAAUGUCUGGCAUAGUCGUAUUUCAGAGCAAAGAAAGGGACAGGCUGUUCAUCAAUAUCACGCCAUGCUGGUUCUUAGAUGCUGGACUGUCUGGAAGUCUUGUCUGGAGCAGAAAGAGGAGGAGCAGAUCCUACCUUUAACUGUGGUGGCACAUACUCACUACAGGGAGAAGCUGAUGCAGAAAUCCUUCAGCAUGUGGUUCCAGUAUAAGCAAAUAAAGAAAAUGAAAAUGGUUCUCCGUAGAGCUGCGGAUGCUCACUUUGCAAAGUCUGUAUUGCCUUGCACCUUUCAGUUAUGGAGAGAACGCCAAGGCCGUCAGAAGCAAAACAAGGAAAUGGAGGCACUGGCUGCAAACUUUCAUCGGUGCUCUGUGCAGAGAACAACACUCUCCAUAUGGUGGACUAAACUAAACCAGCAGAGGGAGAAUCGACUGUCUGAGAGAAUGGCUAUCAUACAUUGUAACCAGAGACUUGUGGAGCGAUUCUGGAGCCUGUGGAAGAAUCAGUUGGAUUCUGUGUUGGAAGAGCAUGAGGCAGUUCGUGUGUCUGCUGAGCACUGGCGGACAUCCCAGCUAACGAAGGCUGUGUGUGUUUGGAAGAAAUAUGUGCAGGAGUUAAAAUCUGAGAGAGCCAAAGAGGAUGAAGCCCUGCGUCAUUACUGCAUGUUCUGCAUGGAGAAAUCCUUCCACUCCUGGAGGCUGUUUGUUACUUGGAGACAUCAGAAAUGGCAAAGACAGCUUAAUGCAGAUUUGCAUUACCAGCGAGUCCUUCUCACUCGGGUUCUAGGUGCAUGGAAGCAUUACCUUAGGAAGUCACAGAACAUAUUGCUUAAAGUGGCUGCGAAAGAUAAGCAACAUAAAGAUUCAAUACUACGAUCUGUACUCUGCACCUGGAGGAGUAACGCGUUAGCCCAAGCCAAUGAAAGAAGGCUUGAAACUGUGGCUCUGAAUCACUACAGGACCAUAACCCUUAAAAAGGUUUUGCGUGCAUGGAGGGACACUACAUGUGUGCUAGCACGUUGUAGAGAGCAGAAGGCAGAAGAAGUAAGAGUGGCCGCGACAUGCUUGCAGAGAGGAAGACUUUGCUACUUGUUCCUCUGCUGGAAAGAAAGAAGCUGUACAGCAAAGAAACAGAGAAUCAAAAUGGAAAUGGCUGCAAAACAUCAUGACACUCAACUGCUGAAGAACUGCGUUAAGAGGUGGAAGGUUUACCGGGCUCACUGUUUGAGAAAUAUGCUGCUAAAACGUCAGGAAGCCUGGUUCGCUGGAUGCAGGAUCAGUAGAUUCUUUCUUCGACAGUGGCAUGAAAGGCUGGUAGAAAAGCAACAGCAGGAUAAGCAGAGAGUGCAGGCUCUGUGGCAUUGGUCCCUGAGCUUGCAGGGAAAGGUGUUUGAUGCUUGGCUGGCCUAUGUGUGGGAGCGGCAGAGAAAGAAGCAUCGUAUUGCUGCUGCAGUGGAAGUGUAUCGUAUGGAUCUCUUAAGAGAAGGUGCCACUAGGAUCUUGCGGUUCAUGUCUGGUAUGAAACAGUUCAGAGCUCAGAUGACAACUCAGCAUCAACUAAAGGAAGUGUACGCCCAAAACCUUGCAGUACGCAGAUGUGCCGUGAUUUGGAAAGCGAAAGUUUUAAAGAGGUGCACAGUACCAUCUCCAACUCAGAAGAACGUAACAUUUCAAUUGCCUGCACACGAGGAGCAUGUGAAUCCCAUUCUUCCAAAAGUCUCCUUUCAGUCCUCAGGGGAAAUUGAGUUCCCUGCUUCUUUGCCUUGUGUGGAGCCAAGCCUGAGUACCAUAAGUACCCUGAGGUCAGAACGAUUAAAACCACGUACUCCAAACUUCCUUUUGCAGUCACUCGAGAGAGAGGGCCUGCUGGGAUCAGUGGUAAGCAGCUAUAGAAAGACAGACCAAGGUGAAAUGGGACACAUCUCUAUUAUGUCAUCAUCAUGUGACACAGUCAUGGUACCCGAAACUGUAAUUCCAGAACAGAAGCUUAGCUUUCUGCCUUCUCAGCCUACGCAUGGCGUUACUUCAUCUACUGUGCAAAAUUCCUCUUUGGAGUCUCCGAUGCCUGAAGUACCUCAAAUGUUUAACCCACUUCCUCCUCCACCAGUCAUAGGUCUAAUGCCUCCUUCUUCUUUCAUACCUCUUCAGAGACAUACUCAUGAGAAUUCUCCAAUGUCAAACACUGCAGCGCAGCCACAUCACCAAACUCAGCCUUGCUCACAGAUCAUUACACAUUACUCCAAACUGCUUUUGUCACCAAGUGACUUCCUACAAGGUACAGGCAGACAACUAUUUGCCCCCACCAAUGUAGUUAAUGGGGAUCCAGGACCUAACCACGCAGAAGAAGAAAACCAGACUGCAGCACUGGAACAAGAACUUCUGAAGAUUCACCUCUUAAUGCAACAGUAUCAGUCUCAAAGGCAGGAAUUAAAGGCAUGGCGUAGACAUGCAGAGGUGCUUCACAGUUGGUUGGUUACCAGUGAUCGUUUACUGAGCUUUGAUGAAGAAUCUAUUAAAGAAGAAGUUAAGCGUGAGCUGCAGCAGUUGAAGCUGCAGAUUAAGGUGCGCAUAGAGCAUCUUGCAAUGGAGAGAGGGAACGUUCAGGCCUAUCUCAAACGAAUUGAAGAAAUUAGGGUGCUAUGCCCUCAUUUAUAGCUUACUGUGGAUUAGUGCACAUGCUGCUAACAGACGUUGUUACAAACGAUAACACUUUUUUAUUAUAUAUUUUUAUUUCAAAAUGUAUGCUAUUA